AUGCUUUACUCACAAUCUCCAUUAGGCUACUUUUUCGUUCUUUGCUUCAGUUUUUGCAUUUCCUGGAGCCCUGCCCAACUAGUCUUCUAUCUUUCAUUAAUUUCUCUGUUUAUGUAGUCUAUACAAGAUGUGUGUGGGUGUGAAAUUACACAUGUAAGUGUACCAUAGUUCCUAAACAAUUUGAAAUUCAGUCGGACCUGUCUGUUGAAUUAAUCCAGCUCGCCUUUCCUGAAAGUGUACACCGUGUGGUGGUGGUCAUGUCACAUUGCUGUUUCUCACCCAUUCACCAUUCGCAAUUGUCGAACUGUCAACUUCCAUCAAACCAAUAGGUGGUGCUGAUGCCCCAUCUCAGUAUUAUGACGCACUUUAGAAACCUAAAUCUAAGCCAAAAACACAGCCCAGGGCACGAAGUAGUCCCUGGCCAUCUCUGCACACACACACGUGCGCCCUUGUGUGUGUUAUUUUUUGCUCAAAAUGAAUUUCAUUUGUUUCAUGUUAUGGCUUACACUGAGUAUGCCUAUGUGUCAAAUAUCACAUUUUGAUAUCCGAACUGAUAUUACAAUUCUAUAACCCAACAUUUUAAUAAAAUACAAGGAUCAAAGAGACGGGUAGUGUGGAUCAUUCACUGACUGUGGAUUGUCCUUCUCGUACGUCAUGCCGUCUGAAUAGCAUACCAAUCUAUUGCACAUAUUUGGUGUCUAUUAUUUGAGUCAUCUGUUGAAGGCUAGUAGGCUAACUGAGUGGGUACUGGUCGGAAAUUUAGGCUGCGUGCGCGCCAGCUGCUGGUUAAACUCUGCAGCGUUACUAGGUCACGUCUCCCUUGCGCACCGUUGUCGUAGGCGAGGCAAAACAAAGCCUCCACUUACCACUCUUCGCAAAGAUGCAUCAGAAGAUUAUUUUGUGACAGGCACAUCAUUGACAUAUCCUUAAUUUCACACUGCUGUUCCAUAGUCACCCCGCGUGCGCACUAAACGCCUCCAUUGUCUCGCGGCUGCACGCACAACUAGGGAGCGAGCGCGCGGUUAUGAGCGUGGAGGGGAGCGGCAUGCGCUGACCCGAAUCUCCGGGCGCACGAAAGCGACAGACGCGGACAGACGGCAGUGAACACACAGACUGCCUGACAGACAUCAACAGAUGAUAUGGCGGAGAAUAUCAGCGCCGUAUAACGUUGCCAACAUCGCUCCAGUCCUGACGGAGGACGCUGCGGAUCACGGGGCUGUGGGAGCAGAGCCGCGGCGCAGUGUUUCUUAUCCACCUGUCGUGAUUUGGGGCAGGUUGCCUGUCAUUCGCUGUGGGAAAGAACGUGUUACGCUUGAUUUAGGAUAAAUUGUGUUCUAGGAUUUGACAUCUUCUGUUAAUCUCACCGUAACUCUCUUUUUGGAUAAGGUGUAUCGAAAAAUUUCUGCCGCUCAUGUUCCGGACAGGAGAAAGGGCUGUUGCGUCUCACAGACACAGCUGGCGUAGUCAGACUUGACAGCCCUUGUUUUUUUAGCGGUUGUUUUGUCGUCAGCAGAGGGCCUGACAGACACCGCAGACUAUUGUUUUGAGGGCGAGUUCUGCUCCAGCUUUCGGUUAAUAGCGGCGCCCCGUUUUAGCGAACCCCCACCCACUCUCGCGGGUACCUUGGAUGGGGGGCAAGCAGAGCACGGCGGGGCGUCCCCGGGGAGCUUUUCCCGGUGUCUCCACAGAUGACAGCGCAGUACCACCCUCGGCCCACUUUGGCCACUACCGACCAGGCGGCCCAAUGGGGCUGCGGAGCCGGUCUGUGAGCUCAGUGGCGGGGAUGGGCAUAGAUCACAGUGCUGCGGUACCCUUCGGCUUCUAUAACCCAAGAGGAACAGACUCAGACAGGGCCGGUGGCGGGUCUGGCUCUGAUGCAGCCCCCGGUAAUGGAUUUCAGGAGACAGGAGGGGGACAUCAUACGGACGGUAUGCUUUAUCUGGGAUCCAGAGGAUCGUUGGCAGACACCUUGCCCUUGCACAUCGCACCCCGGUGGUUUAGCGCCCACAGCGGGUUCAAGUGUCCCAUCUGCUCCAAGUCUGUGGCCUCCAACGAGAUGGAGGUGCACUUCCUCAUGUGUCUGAGCAAGCCCCGCCUCUCCUACAAUGAUGACGUGCUGGCACGUGAUUCUGGAGAGUGUGUGAUUUGUCUGGAGGAAUUGCAGCAGGGAGACACCAUUGCUAGACUUCCCUGCCUCUGCAUCUACCAUAAAAGUUGUAUAGACUCCUGGUUUGAAAUCAACCGGUCCUGCCCAGAGCAUCCAUCUGACUGACUGACUGGCCAUCUAGUCCAGCUGCUGCAGGUUAAGGUUGCCUCCUGAACCCCCCCACCCCCGCCCCCGGAUAUCCGGACACUAAACCAAGAACCAAAUGACAACAAAAGAUGACAAGAAGAUAAGAGAAGAAAACAAUCACUCUAUCCACUGACAGAUCAGCCUUCUUCCAAAUGAUUCAUUACAAAAUCAACCACAUAAUAAUAAUAAUAAUAAUAAUAACAAUAACCAGAGUAAAUACCUACAGCUGCAUCAUCAACCCCCAGAACCCCUUGCUAGCCCCAAACAAAAAGCCCCACCUACAGGUUUCAACGCAAGGGGCAUCGCUUUGUCCCAUACCCCCACCACAGAGCAGUGUGUGUGUGUCUAUUGGCUGGGGUUUGUUGCCGUCUGAGAUGUUUUGAUGUCAGCUCCAACAUGUUUUAGGGGCAGUAAACAUCUCAGUGUAGACUCACUGUGUGUGUGUGUGUGUGUGUGUGUGUGUGUGUGUGUGGUUGAGUGGUAGUGGGCCUUGCCAUCUGAGCGUGUAGCUACAGACUUUAGGGAUAAAUCAUAGAACGUGUCUAAAUGUUUACAGUCCGCAUGCCUCAUGUGUGACUGAUUUGUGUUUGUGUGUGGGACAGUUAUGUGCGUGUGUGUAUGUGGGUGUGUGUGUGUGUGCUUCUGCUGUGUAGCUGUGAUGUAUAUACUGUAUGGGUGUGCAUUUCUGCUGUGUAUCUGAGGUGUGUCUUUCUCCUCACGGCUGAAUACUUCUUUCACCUACCAGGAGUUUUGAGACACUGGUCAUCAUAUUUUCGAGUCUCUGUAAAGGCCUUUAGUGCGAUAAAGUGUGUGUGCACGUGUGUGUGUGUGUGUGUGUGUGUGUGUGUGUGUGUGUGUGUGUGUGUGUGUGUGUAUGUGUGUGUGAGAUACCUGUAAAGAAUUGCUUUUGGGGUUAUAAUGGGUGGCUGGAAAAGCUGAUGGGGUGAUGUUACUGUGACGAGACAGCUACACUGGAAGACAAGCAGCUCUUUCUCUGGACUUGAUGAAUCUCAACCGUAUGCUGUCUACAGACAUACUGGUGUAAAACCACACACACACACACACACACACACACACACACACACACACACACACACACACACACACACACACACACACGCACACACACACACACAGCCUCUAUCAGAAGACGUUCUUGUGCGGAAGAGGAGAUGAAAGGCUCCUCUGUCUUUUGCUGGAAAAACCUGGACAAUCCCUCAUAAACACACACACACACACACACACACACACACACACACAUACACACACACAUACAGACACACACACCUCUACACAAAUAAAAGACUGAGAAUACAAAGAAAGAAAAUAUCUGAGGACCUGGUAAGUGGGUGGAGUUUAAGUCUGUAGAGUGAAGCUCCAUCCCUUCCACCCAGGGCCUUCCUUCUAUCUGUCAUGUUUGUCUGUUUCUUUAUGUUUAGUUUUAUUUAUGUUUAUUUAUUUUUUUCAGAGGCUGUGAUUGGAAGCCUGCUUUAGGGAGUAAAUGUACCUGUGUGAUCUCCAUGUACAGUCUGUGGGAGAAGUCCUAAAUGAUAAUGACAGAUACAGUAAUAAUUAAAAAAAGACUGAAGAACAA